GAACGAGGUCUUCCGUUCCGGCAUAAUAGUCGUGCGAGUUGGCAGUCGCGUGGUUCUGUGCUGUCGUUUUUCCGAUUCCCUGUAGCAUUCCCAAGGAAAAGGACACGCGAGAAGUUCGUGUACCGUAGGUUCACCAGUGUGUUCGGUUUGUACGCGUUUUCCAGCAACAUGAAUGAAGAAUACGAUGCGAUCGUGCUGGGCACCGGGCUCAAAGAGUGCAUACUCUCGGGUAUGCUGUCGGUCAGUGGAAAGAAAGUACUCCACGUAGAUCGCAACAAGUACUACGGCGGUGAAUCCGCCUCCAUCACGCCGCUGGAAGAUCUGCUCGCGAAAUUCAAGGCCCCACCACCGGAUGAGAGUUACGGUCGUGGCCGCGACUGGAACGUUGAUUUAAUUCCCAAGUUCCUGAUGGCGAAUGGCAUGCUGGUGAAACUACUAAUUCAUACCGGCGUGACACGGUACCUAGAAUUCAAAAGCAUAGCAUUGUCCAGUGACCUAAUGGGCCUUUUUGAGAAGAGACGUUUCCGUAGCUUCCUAAUCUGGGUGCAAAAUAUGCAAGAGGACAAACGGGAAACCUGGGACGGUUUCGACCCAUUUAACAAUAGCAUGAGCGCGUUGUACAACAAGUUCAACCUCGAUAAAAAUACUCAAGAUUUUACGGGUCACGCAUUAGCGCUUUAUAGGGACGACGACUACAUUAGCCAACGUGCAAUUACGACUAUAAGAAGAAUUAAAUUGUACAGCGACAGUUUAGCGCGUUAUGGAAAAUCACCGUAUCUCUAUCCUAUGUACGGGUUAGGCGAGCUUCCCCAAGGUUUCGCCCGACUUAGCGCCAUUUAUGGUGGAACAUACAUGCUAGACAAACCGAUCGACGAAAUCGUCGUGAAGGACGGAAAGGUCGUCGGUGUACGUUCUGGAGAUGAGGUAGCUCAUUGCAAACAAGUAUUCUGUGAUCCCACGUACGUACCUGAUCGCGUACAAAAAGUGGGUCAGGUCAUAAGAUGCAUUUGCCUCUUAGACCAUCCUAUACCAGGCACCGGAGACGCUCUCUCUACACAAAUUAUUAUUCCCCAGAAACAAGUUAACCGUAAUUCCGAUAUCUACGUAUCUCUAGUAUCGCACACUCAUCAAGUAGCGGCGAAAGGGUGGUUCAUAGCCAUGGUGUCUACUACAGUCGAAACGAAAAAUCCAGAAAUCGAGAUUAAACCUGGUCUGGACUUACUCGGCCCGAUCAGACAAAAGUUCAUAUCAGUAACCGACUAUAUGGAGCCAACCGACGAUGGCUUGAACAGUCAAGUCUUCAUAUCGACAAGUUACGAUGCCACCACACAUUUCGAAACUACUUGCUUAGAUGUCCUUGAUAUAUUCAAACGAGCUACCGGCGAAGAGUUUGACUUUCAGAAAGUGAAACAAGACCUAGGCGAGGAAGACCAGUAACCAUAAAACAAUUACCACCGCUGGUUAUUUUCGAAACUAGUUCAUCCUGAAUUAAAAAAAAAAAACACGAAAACGAGUGAGCAACGUAAUUUAAGUAUGUACCGACUACGUCGGUGUUUAUUCGAGUCUCGAGGCAGAUGCAAUCUGCUAAUAGACUCAUGCCUAACAAUUCGAAAUUCUCUUUCGCAGAGAAUUAUUAAAGGUGAAAAGUAUCCAAAAUUUAUUUUUUAAGUUUAAAUAUCAUUCUACGAACUAUCCUGAGUACAUUUUUGUCUGAAAUACACAAAUACGACAUAUUCUCAAAGGGUUGAUGAUGAAACUUGUACCGUCUGUCAUUUGAAUAUUUUCGAUACAUUCUGAACGGAGAACGAAAUAAAAUUUACAGGACGAUUUGAGUGUCUCCAUACAUUUACCACCACCAGUGCGUUUUUAGAGUAAAUUAA